AUGUAUGAUGAGAAGUGUACUCUUGAGGGCGUGAGCAGCGAGUCUGAAGACGGAAUUGGUCUGUGGAGUAACCUUGGUCCUGCACUGGCCAGAAAAAGUACCAACAUCUGGGCCAGCGGCUACCGGAAUAAGAUACAGCCAAACAAGCGGAAAAACGUUGACGUCAAUGAAAAAAAAUCGAAAAAGAAGGAAAAUUAUGACACCUCGAAUUUGACAACAAUGGCUGAUGAGCCAAAAGAAGAGGAAAGUGAUUCUGAGUUAACGUCAGGGAGCCGCGGCCCCACAGAUGAGGAAAAUUUGGGUAUGGGCACAAGAAUAAAACUCCCAACUCCCAAAUAUGAUUCUGAUUCAGCGUCAAUCUGCGAAAGUUCACCAGAUCACGACAGUGAAUCUGAAUCAACGUCAACCAGCCAAAAAUCGUCAAAUCACGAGAAUGAAUCUGAUUCACCUUCAAGCGGCGAAUUUUCAUCAAAUCAGGAAAGUGAUUCUGAUUCAUCAUUAGUCGACCAACUUUCAUCAGAUCACGAAAGUGAUGAAAAUUCACCAAGAGGUCACGAACGACCAGCAGGUCACAAACGAUCCCGGAGAGACGAAAGUGAUGAAGAUUCACCAAGAGGUCACAAACGUUCAAGAGGCCACGAAAGUUCCACAGGUGAUGACAGUAACGGGGGUUCAGAGUGA